AGUGAUUAUUGGAUGGGACUCGCUCUCUCUUCCUGAUUGGCGUUACCAUGGAGAGCGUUGCUGCGUGACGCUUGGUGAUAUCCAGGAAGACGCUGGUCACAGCCAGGCGAAGCUAAGGGGAGAGACAUGGAGGAUAACUUCCAGUUUGGAGACGGUGGGGCAGUGAAAAAUGUGGCAAAGUCUGGACGAAGAGCUCGCCUCGCAGCAGAUCAGUCUUCGUUUGAGGAUUCUCGCUACAUGAGGAAGUCCUCCACCGCUGCUUCAAUGGGAGAUGUCCCCCCUCCUAAACCAGCUCGGCGGCAGGGUGGCUGGGCGGAAGAAAGCUCCGGGUCUGGAUCAGCCAAAUCUUCAAGAAGACCUGCAGCUGAGGAUCUGGAAGACCGCCGCCUGCAACCACAAACUCCCCAGGGAUCAGAUGAUGAAGGAGAUAUUCCAGUGAUUCCAGAUCUUGAAGAAGUACAGGAAGAAGACCUCACCAUGCAAGUUGCAGCUCCACCAAGCGUUCAGGUGAACCGUGUAAUGACCUACAGAGAUCUGGACAACGAUCUGAAGUAUUACUCUGCCUUUCAGACCCUAGACGGAGAGAUCGACUUGAAGCUCCUCACCAAGGUUUUAGCACCAGAGCAGGAGGUGAAAGAGGAUGAUGUGAGCUGGGACUGGGAUCAUCUGUUUACAGAGGUGUCCUCAGAGCUGCUGAUGGAAUGGGAUCAAGGAGAGAAUGAGGAGCAGGCUGCGUUGCCUGUAACAUGAGGAGAGGAGGUUUGGACUUUGAAUGGCUCCAGUGGGAACUGGGUGAAUGUCCAUUACACAGAAGGGCCAGUGACUUUGGUUAUAUUAACUGUAAUUACUGUUUGUUAUCCAGGAUAUAUAUUCUGUAAAGUGUAUACACAGCAUUUCUUGUAUUUUCCUAAAUAAAGUUCACUGUGUAGUGAACAGUG